AUGAUGGAGAGACGACAACCCAUAGAAGCAGCGAUAUUUCUAAGCCGUGGUCGUAUUUCAAAGACCUUAUCAAGAAACAUCAAAAGGUCCAUACGUUCUUGUGUGCACGUUGGCCUGGAUAUGGUCAAAAGGAUCGAUGAAUCCAUUGAUAAUGAAGAGCUGAAAAAGGAGCACUGCCGACGACACAUACCUAGCCAGAAAUUGCAAGCAAUCCAGCACUCCUGUUUGUCCAAGUCACCGAACUGCAAACUAUACUAA